UGUUAAGGUGAAUGUUGAACCAUAUGAGUUUUUUUUAAUGAAAAUUCUCCUUCACUCUAAAAUUUUUUUAUAUUCUCUCUUAUUAUUUAUUGUUAUUAUUAUUAUUAAUGGUGAAAUAAACAAGAAAACUGUAACGACAUCGUUACAUGCAAAAUGGUCGCAAACGUCAUUUCUAGCUGAAACAAGUGAAUUUAUCGCCAAAGAUGAUAAUAGUCUUUUUUGGAGUUAUAUUGAUAUUAUCAAUAGCGAAAUUAAUACUGAACAAUGGCCUUCUUGUAGCUAUUCAUAUAUUUGUUAUGAUUUGCAGACACUGAUAAAAUGCAACAUGACAUUGCAGUUAGGCUCGCAAAUUCUUUUCUUUCAAAAAGUCUUAGGAUCAGAAGAAGAAGCAAAGAAUUGUAUUGCUUUUGCUGUUGUACAUGAUCUUAUUACUUGUGACCCACAAAAGAUUGAAGAACUGGUCAGAAACGUGUCAACUAACUCGGUAAUUCCACGUCUAUACUCCAUCGACCAUGUUUUUCCCAAUUCAAAAGAAAAAAAUGUGGUAGUUAUUGUAUAUGGUGAAUUAGGUACCAAAUCUUGGCAGGAAAUGCACAAAGCAGCUAAAAUUUUGGCUCGUAGUGGUCAAAUCCAAUAUGUCUUUCGACACUGGAGCAGAGACGUUCGCGAUGAUAAGAUACUACUAUCCGGUUAUGAUGUGGAACUUGCCAUUAAAAACAUGGAAUACAAAGCUGUAGAUGAUAGUGAAGUUGAAAAGGCAACAGCAGCUGAUGAUGAAAUAGAAGAAGACAUAGAUGAUUAUGAGGAUAUCAAUGGAUUUAACUUCAAUAUUCUCAGGAAGCUUCAUCCAAAUCAAAAAGAAGCAUUGAAUCAGUUUCGUCUUCAUCUACUCGAACGCGAUGAAUUAACUCCACUGAAAGUUUGGCAAGUUCAAGAUCUCAGUUACCAAGCUUCCCAGCGAAUUAUUUCAGCCGAUUUAAAUAAAACAUUGGCCUUAAUGGUUGAAAUUAGCCAAAACUUUCCUCUUUUGGCUCGAUCAAUAUCGAGAGUUUCUGUCAGACCUGAAUUUCGACUCGCCGUUGUGACAAACCAGGCAAUGUAUUCAUCGGAAAAUGAAAUAAUGGAAGGUGAAUGUGCUAUGUUUAUCAAUGGUAUUCCUGUCGAUUUAGAAUAUUUUGAUAUUUACAACUUUCUUGAUGUACUAAAAGUUGAAGAGAAAUUAGCAGAUGGAUUCUUCAGACUCGGUUUGCAAGUAAUGAUACUUAUACUUAGGAAUUAUAAAUCGUUUGUGGCGGAAGAAGAUAAACCUGCAUAUGCUUUAGAUUUUCGUUCAGCAUCUCCUGAGUAUUUGAAUAAUCUGGAUACAGAUAAGCAUUAUCGCCAGUGGGGUAAUAGUGUAAAACUGAUGUUGCAGCCUUAUUUUCCAGGAAUGAUACGUCCAAUUGCGAGGAAUUUCUUUACCUUGAUUUUUAUAAUCGAUUUAUCACAAACACAGAAUCUCCAUUUCUUAAACAUGGCUUACAACUUUUAUAAACAUGAAAUUCCUAUCAGAUUAGGUUUCAUUUUUGUGGUUAAUACCGAUAAAUCCAUUUCGGGUUUUGAUGAUCCUUCUGUUGCAAUGUUGAAUUUGUAUAAUUUUAUUAAAACAGAUGGAGGUAUUUUAAAAGCAAUAACGUCUCUAAUAAAGAUUCUUACAAAAUCUGAAGAAAACUCUGAAAAAAAAAAUCUAUUAACGUCGAAUGAUGUUUUAUCAUUCUUUCAAGAAAGAUAUCCUGAUCAGGAUCUAAACGAUAUUUUUGGACUUGAUACAGAUUAUGAUUCUGGUCGAUCAUCUGGGAAAAAAUUUUUAUUAGAUAGUGGUUUAAAAGAUGUGCCCAAAGUUUUACUUAAUGGCAUUGUUCUUGACGAUUCAGGGAUUGGCCCACUAAGAUUAGAAGAAACGGUUACAAAUGAGAUUAUGAAAGAAACAAGUCGAAUUCAAAGAGCAAUAGCCAAAGGCAAAUUAACAGAUGAUGACAAUGUGAUGAACUGGAUUUUGAAUCAGCCCCAUAUUAUGCCACGAAUAAAUAAGCGAAUUCUAGAUGCACCUUUGCAUAUGCCUCGUUAUCUGACUAUUCCUGAUCAUGGGCCAUGUCCUUCAAAAAUAAUUUCUGACUAUCAUCACUUACCAUUGGCAAAGCAUAUCAAAUGCAUGAUGGGUCGGAUACGAUAUCUCUCCAGAUCAGAUGAAGAUGUUGUUCAUCCCUUAACUCUUUGGAUCGUUGCUGACUUAGAGGACACUGAUGGACGUCGUUUGGUUUAUAACGCAAUGAAACAUGUAAGAAGCUGUCACGUAACACGGAUUGCUAUUUUCAGCAAUCCAAAAGAAAUUGAAUCGGCUACUCAUUCUGGUAGUAUAUCGAUGUUAGUGAAUGCUGCUAUGCGAGUUCUGCCUCCGAAUCAAAAAAAGUUAUUUGUGACAAAAAUCGUUAAGGAAGAAUUUGCUUCAAAAUUGAUUGAUGGAGCGAUGUCUCUCGAAGAUAUCGCAGUAAAUCAGCUGUUAAGUGAUGAACUAGUAGCCGGUGCUAAAUUUGUUCAAAAAGUAUUUGGUUUAAAAUCUGGAGAUCGAGGCAUCAUUACCAAUGGACUUCUUAUUGGUCCAUUAGAUGACAACGAAGAUUUUGAGCUUAAUGAUUUUGAUUUGCUCGAAAAAUUUAUUGUGAAUCGUGGAGCUCAACUUGAGAAGACAGAAUUUGCCGAUGAUAAAAGCAAGUUGUCAGAUACAAUUACUGGAAUUAUGGCUUUAACUGGAGCUAAUUCAAUGAAAAAAAAACGACAGAUUCUUCUUAAUGCAUCAGACUCUAACGGCGUCAUUAAAUUUCCUGCACAGCAUGAUACUAUGGGUAUAUUGGACAUUGUAUGCUUCAUCGAUCCACUAUCAAAAGCGGCACAACGAUUAAGCUCGUUGAUUUUCGUUCUUCAAGAGGUGGUAAAUGCGGAUCUCACAUUAAUAUUGAAUCCAAAAGCAAAAUUAAGUGAACUGCCGCUCAAAAGGUUCUAUCGAGUAGUACUUGAACCAACUGUAGUUUUUGAUAGUUCCGGUGGUAUUUCGUCAUCGGCUUAUCAAGCUCGCUUUUCUUCAUUACCGAACAAACAGUUGUUAACUCUCAGCUUAAUUCCACCCGAUUCUUGGAUUGUUGAAGUCGUUAGUGCGAUGUAUGAUCUGGACAAUAUACGAAUGGAACAAGUCACUAAGCAUGUUAUUGCUGAGUUUGAACUUGAGCACAUUCUUUUGGAAGGCCAUUGCUUCGAUGAAAUUAGUGGAGCUGCUCCUCGCGGAUUACAGUUUACUUUGGGUACAAGUAGCAAUCCAACUCUUUACGACACAAUCGUUAUGGCAAAUCUUGGUUAUUUUCAAUUGAAAGGAAAUCCUGGUGUGUGGAGUUUACGUUUACGUGCUGGAAAAUCGAAGGAUAUUUAUGAUAUAGCGAGCCACUAUAACACGGAGUCAGAAGACGAAAAUGGACUGAAUAUUGUAAUCGAUUCGUUUAGUGGUCGCACUGUAAGGGUUCGCGUUACAAAAAAAGAAGACAAGAAAGAUGAGAAUCUUUUAAUGGAAGGUAAAGCUGGAGACGAAGAGAGCGAACCAUCAAUUUGGAAUACAAUUUCAUCGUCAAUCACAGGCGGUGAAAGGUAUGAUGCCAUCAACAUUUUUUCACUGGCGUCUGGCCAUCUUUACGAAAGAUUUAUGCGCAUAAUGAUUUUGAGUGUAAUGAAAAAUACAAAGUAUCCUGUCAAAUUUUGGCUUCUGAAAAAUUAUUUAUCACCAAAUUUUAAGGAAGUAUUACCUAUAAUGGCUAAGAUUUAUGGCUUCGAUUAUGAAUUAGUGGAGUAUAAAUGGCCGAAAUGGCUGCACAGGCAAACAGAAAAGCAUCGCAUUAUGUGGGGAUUUAAAAUUCUCUUUCUCGAUGUUUUAUUCCCACUGGAUCUUAAAAAAAUCAUAUUUGUUGAUGCGGACCAAGUGGUGCGAACAGAUUUAAUGGAUUUGAUGGAAUAUGAUCUUGGCGGUGCACCUUAUGGUUUUACACCCUUUUGUGAUAGCCGUACUACAAUGGAUGGAUUCCGUUUCUGGAAAAAGGGAUAUUGGGCUAAUCAUCUUGCUGGUCGCAAAUACCACAUUAGUGCACUUUUUGUUAUUGAUCUUAUCAAGUUUCGACAAAUAGCAGCCGGAGACCGUUUACGCGGUCAAUAUCAAGGGCUUAGUUCUGAUCCGAAUAGUCUUGCUAAUCUUGAUCAGGAUUUACCUAAUAAUAUGAUCCAUCAAGUGCGUAUAAAAUCGUUGCCACAAGAAUGGCUUUGGUGUGAAACGUGGUGUGAUGAUGCAUCGAAAUCCAAGGCAAAAACUAUUGAUCUGUGUAAUAAUCCUCAGACAAAGGAGCCAAAACUUGAUUCAGCGAUGCGAAUAAUUCCUGAAUGGAAAGAUUAUGAUACUGAAAUCAAGAACUUAUUAUUACGCAUCAAGACUGAAGAUUUCGAGCCUCAAAUUUCAGAUUUAGAUACGCAUGAAGAAUUAUAG